AUGGAUAAUUCAGUUAGAAAUGCCAUUGAAAAACGUCGCAAUAGAUUAGAGGAAUUAAAGAAUAAACGACGUGGCAGUGCUGAUGGUGAUGAAGUGGGUUCAGAACUCGAGGGUUCAAAGAAACUUAGGUCUGACAAUAUUCUGUUAGAUAAGGAAAAUACAGAAGCUAAACUGCGAGGGCUAAAGAAUGAGAUACCUGAUGAAGAGCAAGCUAAACAUAAUGACAAUAAUGAUGAAGAGACAAUUGUGAAAACGGGACAAGUAGAGAGAGAUGAUGAAGAAUCUUUAGAAUGUGGCGGUGAUACUAGUCAAGAGGAACUUCAAAAUGCUGUACCUGAAGGAAUAAUGGAUCUAAACUUGAAAUUGAAGGAUGAUUUAGAUUUCCUUCAGGGGAAAACUGAUUCAGCAUUGCAACGAAUCUUAAGAAGGAGGGUGAUACAAGAAUCUAUUGAUGACAAUGGCAACAACUAA